CUGCGUUCAAAUCAAACAAUGGCUGAUCCUGAGUUAGAAGCAAUCAGACAAAGAAGAAUGCAGGAGCUUAUGGGUCAACAUGGUGCGGGGAAUCAACAAAAUUCUGAACAGCAGAAUGCUCAGGAAGAGGCCAAGAGGGAGGCAGAGGAACGGAGGCAAAUGAUGCUUAGUCAGAUUUUGUCAGCUGAAGCACGGGAAAGACUUGCCCGAAUUGCUUUGGUGAAACCUGAGAAAGCUAGAGGUGUUGAAGAUGUGUUGCUAAAUGCUGCUCAAAGGGGUCAGAUAGUUGAGAAGGUUUCUGAAGAGAGGCUCAUAUCAUUGCUGGAACAAAUUAACACCCAAACGACUAGGCAAACCAAAGUCACAAUCCAGAGGCGUCGGAGUGUUCUUGAUGACGAUGAUUAGCUCGUAUCUGGAAUGAGUGUGCUUAUAUCAUUAUAUUAUGCUGUUCGGAGUGAGAUACAUCAAUGGUACAAUGCUUUGUUGGUUGUAUAUUAACAAAGUUCACAGUUGUAUUUUUAUGGGCGAAAUGUUUGGUUGAAAAGGAUGUUGGAGUUGUAGAUCUUCAUCUUGCGUUAUGUUUUAUUACAGUAUCUUUUAUGCUUAAUUAUUGAAUCAAUGUUUGCUCCCUAAAUAA